AUGUCGUUGACCUCUGACAUACGCGACAAGUAUGUCGACAUUAUCGACGACAUUUUGUCCAAAAGCGAUCUCACCACAAUUUCCGAGAAGCGGAUUCGCAAAGGUCUCCAGGAUGUCAUCGGCUAUGACCUCACUUCGCAGAAAACUUUAAUCAAGCAGCUGAUCAUGGAACGUUUCGAUCGUUAUGCCGACCAGAGUGGCAUGGGCGGAUCCCCCGAGGAAGCUGCCACAAGCAAUGGUCAGCACAAUGGCGAUGCGGCCUCAGUUGCAGUUCCAUCAUCGCCUCCAUCGUCGUCUCCCGUGAAGCGCCAUGCUUCUAGCGAUGUUACUUCCGAACCCGCCAGCGCGUCGCCGCCGCCUACCAAAAAACACAAGCCUGAUAUUGAUACCGAUGCGGAUGCGGCAUUUGCGGCCAAGCUGCAGGCCGAGGAGAAUUUGCGCGCGCGACCCACUCGAGGGGGUCACAGUCGACGUGCAGCUCCCACCAAGAAGAAGAGCAAGGCCAAGACCUCAAAGAGGGUCAAGGCAGAAGAUGAUUCAGAUAUUGGCUCAGGUGAGGAGACAAAGAAAGAGGUCAACCGAAAUACUGGUUUCCACAAACCUUAUAACCUCUCCGAGCCUCUGUCCGCCCUUUUGGGAGAAGCCACACUUUCGCGACCUCAGACUGUCAAAAAGGUAUGGCAAUACAUCCGUGAGAACGACCUCCAAGACCCCAGCGACCGCCGCCAAAUCCGAUGUGACGAUGCCAUGCGUGCGGUCCUUAAGCAAGAUCGCGUCCACAUGUUUACUAUGACAAAAAUUCUCAAUCAGCAUCUGUACAGCCCCGAUGAAUAG